AUGCGUGACGCCAACGCGACCGCCGCCACACAGCAGGCGUCGUCACCAUCGUCGUCGCGGCGCCCCGCGGGCAGGCGGCGUGCGNGCGUCACCGCUCUGCAGUGUCCGUACUGUGCCCGCCUCUUCACCGGGGGCCCCAGCAAGAACAUCAGCACCGCGUACAGCCGUCACCUCCUCACACACACCAAGAGGCGGCCGUACCAGUGCGAGUUCUGCCUCGCGAAGUUCACGACUAGCACCAACCGACGCCGGCAUAUUCUGCGGCUCCAUCCGGAGAUGGCCGAUAGACUGACAAGACCCCCUGCUGCUGCUGCUGCUGGAGAGGAAGCAACCAACGUAAUAGAAUCAGAUAAUGAGGGAACUGAAGAGAAUGCACUUGGCUUCACUUGCCGGUUCUGCAGUUUGGGCUUCGCGUGCAAAGGAAAGCGAACACUUCACGAGCGUCAUUGCCCAGAAAGACCUAAUCCGCCACGAGUGGUGUUGUCGCACCCUUCGCUGACGCCCGCUACACCCACACCCACACUCGCCACCACCACUACCACUGAAGCCACUGCUGCUGCAGGAGCUGGAGGUGCUUCCACGAGUUUUGCACCUCCGAAUUCUGACUCGGCGGAUACAUUCUUCGUGUGCCCCAACUGUGAGCAGGAAGUCGCCGGCCGCCAGCACCUCAAACGCCACUUACGGUGUUUCUGCCCCUUCCGUGACGAUGUAUUCGCCACGUACAGCGACGACGACGACGACGACAGGGGCGUUGACGACGGUGGUAACACUGUGUGGGUGGGGUCCCGUUCGCAAACGAAGCGAAGCCGCCGCAUUCUGUCGAAGCGCCGCGCGGGCCUCACGGAGCGCUUUAGUGGGAGACUGAGUGACGAUACAAAGGACAUGCCUGCAUCCUCACCAGCAUCAGCAGCAGUGGCGGCAGAGGCGUUGUGGGCUGCAACGCGGCCCCACACGCGUGGACCAACAACUGUCAUCUGUCCCUAUGACGACUGCAUGUCCGCCUUUUCUUCGCGCACGCGGUGGCUGGCGCAUGUGGCGCGACGCCACCCACACGAACUUGCACGAGACACGGCAGGCCCAUCGGCGUGA